GCAUGAUAACAGCCUCUUGUCAUCUGAAUAGACUCGAGCAAUAAAAAAAAGAAGUAGAAGCAGAUCCAUUACCCGUGUGUUCAGAAAUGGCUACCUCUUGGUACAGGGUAAUAAAAGUGUCAUAAUGUACAGAUAAAAAGUCAGUCUGAGAAAAAAAAGCCAAACGAUCAUGGAAGUAAUUGUUCACCGUAUUCUACUAGUUACCGAAGAGAAGACUAAAAAGAACAGAGAAAACACGGUUAACUAAAGAGGAGCCUUUCAGGUUAGGAACGCGCGCCCGCUGAAAAUAUGCGAUUUCUCGGCGUGUUCCGCUCUCCGCCCGCUCGCGACGGUGGUGGGUUUCGGCGGCGCUGGGCAAGCGCGAGGCAAAGAGCGACCGAGACAAGCGAAAAAGAGAGGGGGGCUUGUCGAGUUAGGCAGGAGAGAUUCGAGAGGGCUCUCAGUUCGCCCAACGACUAGGGCUCAGUGCACGAACGCGGAGGUUUCUAUUGGAAUUAUCGUCAUUGAACUGACUUGGCGAUUUGGUGAUUUCUCCAGGACUUCUUCUGCCAUGCGGACGAAGGGAACUUCAGUAACGCUGUUAUUUUUCAUGUCGUGAUUACCUUGCACAGAUAUUAUAUCAGAAGCAUCGGUUUUCUCAAUGGACGAUCAAAUCUCAGUUGCCUCCGUUCAGGGCUAUAGAGCAAACAUGGUGCUUGAGUCCGACUGGGAAGGACCAUCCUAAAAACUCCACGUAUUGAUAGGCUAACCUAUAUCUCUUGCAUUUGGAAAAGAGCUGAUUUUACUCACGUAAGUUUUAGUAGUAAUUACUCACCACUGUGUUGGAGUAUUUUCGUUUUGACCGGAUAUAUGCCAGCAACAACAUGACAACGGCAAAAGGAUAUAACAGAGUCCACAGUGCUUCGUCCUGUGGCAUUAUGUCGUUGUGGUUUUCUCUGGUCUUCCUCUUCCUCGUGCUCCCUGGAGUGUAUUCUGCCUACGAGAGAUGCCCACGGGAAUGCAACUGUCGUUCCAGAGGCUUUGUGGACUGUAGCUUCAGAAAUUUGAACUACGUACCUAGAGGAAUACCCAAAUAUGUGCAGAGAUUACAACUACUGGACAAUCAGAUCCACACAGUAGAGAAAGGUGCAUUCCAAGAUUUGACGUCGAUGAUUCGACUGCGUUUGGAUAGAAACCAGUUGAGAUCGCUACCAGACCUGCUGUUUGCCUCGAUGACCAAGCUGGAACGACUGGAUCUGAGCUAUAACAGCAUCCAGUUUGUGGGACGCAAGACGUUGAAGAGUUCUACAUUGCUGAAGAACCUGCAACUGGACCAUAAUCAAAUCACCUGUUUGUCUGACGGAGCCAUCAGGCAUCUGAAGAAUAUGGAAAUUUUGCGAAUCAACGACAACAAGAUGGUUUGUGACUGUCACCUGGCAUGGCUGGCGCGCUGGUUGAGGAAGAACCCGACCCUGGCGCUCUUCACCGAGUGCCACCAGCCGAUGCAUCUGAGAAACGCCGAGAUCGCUGAACUGCAGGAGAUUGACUUCAAGUGUGACGCUACAUUCCAGAACCGGCACUCCCUGGAGUGCAUGGAGGAGAACUUGUGCCCCCGGCAGUGCCGCUGUAUGGACGGGGUCGUGGAUUGUAGAGACAAGGGCUUCACAAAAAUACCGGACAACAUACCAGAGAGCGCUAUCGAGAUACGCCUGGAGGAGAACCACAUCACACAGCUCCCGUCCCGAGCGUUUGCCGAUCUCAGUAACCUUAAGAGAAUAGAUCUCGGAAAGAACCAAAUCUCUUAUAUCGCUCCAGAUGCCUUUUCAGGUCUCUACUCACUCAAUUCUUUGGUGCUCUACGGUAAUAAAAUCAAAGACCUCCCCCCUGGCGUGUUCACGGGCCUGUCUUCUCUUCAGCUACUGUUGUUGAAUGCAAACAAAAUCAACUGUGUUCGAGUGGAUGUCUUCAAGGACUUGGAAAACCUUAAUCUUUUAUCCUUGUAUGACAACAACAUACAGUCAUUAGCGAACGGAACGUUUGAUCCACUGGCAAACAUCCAGACAAUUCACCUGGCAAGGAACCCACUUAUCUGUGACUGCAACCUGAAAUGGCUGGCUCACUACCUUGAGAAAUACCCUGUAGAGACGAGCGGUGUGCGCUGCCUCACGCCCAGACGGGUACGCAAAAAGAAAAUCAGUCUGCUGAGACCAGAGAAGUUCAGAUGCAAAGGCUCUGAAGAAUUCCGCACCAAAAACGCAGGAAACUGCAUGAUUGACAGGGAGUGCCCGACUGACUGUGUGUGCACCGGCACCAGUGUAGACUGCUUCCAGAGGGGUCUAGAAGACAUUCCUGCAGAGCUGCCCAUGUAUACCACAGAACUAAAACUGGGCAACAACAAGAUAAAACGUUUACCGGCUGAUGGACUUUUCAAGAGACUGCCAAAUCUCCAAGUUCUAGAUCUGAGCGAAAACGAAAUUCAUGAAAUCGAAGAUGGCGCCUUCGAAGCUGCUGACAAAUUGACUGAUCUGCAGUUGUCCAAUAAUGAGCUGUCUCAGCUCUCUGGUAAAGCUUUCCAAGGAUUACUCAAUGUCAAGACAGUGAUGUUACGAGGUAACAAGAUAACGUGCAUCAACAACGUUACCUUUACUGAGACUCCCAGACUGAGGCUUCUAUGGCUAAUCCAUUCACGUGUAACUGCCAUCUGGGCUGGCUUGCUGAGUGGCUGAAAAAACGCAACGUCAUCACAGGAACACCGACAUGCACCGCGCCACACGAUGUGAAGAACACCCCAAUCCAAGAUCUGAAGCCAAAGGAUUUUGUCUGUGAAGAGAACAAUGAGCUCGGAUGUCAUGUGGGUAUUCAACCUUGCUGUCCUGACAGCAACAUGGUGACUGUGGAAAACAGCUGUGACCCUCGGGCCUACUGCCCCCCUAAGUGCACGUGCACUGGCACAGUGGUACGCUGCAGUCACCAACAACUGAAUGAGAUCCCAAAGUAUAUCCCCCUUGACACUACCGAACUCUAUGUGGAUGUGAAUGACAUUGCUAAAGUGCCAUAUGAGAUCGGCCUUCUCACAAACCUUAAGCGCUUAGACUUGAGUCACAAUAAAAUUGUGACUUUACCGUCAAAAAUUUUCUCGAACCUCACACAGUUGUCAACCUUAAUUCUGAGCUAUAAUGAUCUGCAGUGCAUUUCCGAGACAAGUUUCUUCAACAUGAAAAACUUGAGAAUUUUAUCUCUCCAUGAGAAUAACAUUUCUACUAUUCCAUACGGAGCCUUCGACAGUCUCAAGGCUUUGUCGCACAUUGCCCUAGGAGGAAAUCCUCUGUUCUGUGAUUGUAAGCUGAAAUGGCUAUCGGACUGGAUCAAGAAGGACUUCAUAGAACCUGGCAUUGCUUCCUGUAACGGCCCGACAAAGAUGAAGUCCAAGUUUCUGCUCAGCUCACCAUCAUCUUACUUCGAAUGCCUAGGAGAUCCUGACCCGACUGUCGCCCAGAAAUGUGACGUUUGUCUCUUGAAUCCAUGUAAAAAUGGGGGCAGUUGCAACACUGUAGAGUUCAAGGAUUUCAAGUGCGAAUGUACCCCAGGCUUCCAUGGUGACGUGUGCGACCAGCAAAUAGAUGCUUGUUUUGGAAAUCCCUGCAACAAUGGCGGGAAAUGUGAGGUCAUGGAGCAUGGGCGGUUCAGAUGUGAAUGCUUAAAAGGAUUUGAAGGGGACAGGUGUGAGACCAACAUUGAUGACUGUGAGAGCAACAUGUGCCAGAACAAUGCAACCUGUGUGGAUGAGAUCGAAUCCUAUUCCUGCAAGUGUCAAGAAGGAUACACAGGAAAAUGGUGCGAGAAUUCCAUCCCAUACUGCAAAGCUGGUUAUAACUACUGUACCAACGGAGCAACAUGUGUGGCUAAAACUGCUGGUUACAGCUGCGAAUGUCCUCCAGGCUUUACAGGCAAGAACUGUUCUGAGAACGUCGAUGAUUGUAAGUCACAUGCGUGUCUUAACGGCGCUUCAUGUGUAGAUGGGCUGGACUCAUACUCGUGCAUGUGCUCGCCCGGCUACUCCGGUCGUUUUUGUGAGAUUGCACCGGUGCUGGACAUAGUGAUGCUCCCUAACUCCCAUGCCCGAGCGGCUGCCUGCCGGCUGCACCAGUGCCAGAAUAAUGCAGUGUGCUAUCAGCCGGCCGGCUCGCCUGACUAUAUGUGUAAAUGUGCCCCAGGUUUUGAGGGCAAAAAGUGUGAAAAGCUCUCGAGUGUCUCCUUUAAGGACAAAGACUCCUACGUCAAACUGCCAAGAGUGGACUUCCGCCAGAUGACCAACAUUUCCAUCUCCUUCACCACAAAGAGCCACAACGGCAUCUUACUGUAUGCAGGAGAACAGCAGCACAUAGCAGUAGAACUUUUCAGAGGUCGGAUCAGAGUCAGUUUUGAUGUCGGCAACUACCCUGUCUCCACUAUGUUCAGCUAUGAGCGUGUGGAUGACGGAAAGCCCCAUGUCGUCUCCAUGGUAAUUCAACAGAAAAAUUUCACCAUGACGAUUGACAGCAACAACCUUCCCCGAACCAUUGUGAAUGAGGGUUCUCGUACACAUCUUGAUCUGCAUGAUGCUCUAUACCUCGGUGGACUGCCCAGUGCCAUCAAUGCCCAAGCCUUCAAAAAAUGGCACAUAAGGGAUGGAACUAGUUUUAGAGGCUGCUUCUCUAAAGUUCACAUCAAUAGCAAGCAAGUUGACCUCCUGACCUCUAACGAAAGGUUCAAAGUGACCCCUGGCUGCGACUCAGUCAACAAGGACCCAUGUCAUAACCACCUGUGCCAGAAAGGACGAUGCAAACCCAGACGUAGAAAAUCUGGAUACAGAUGCAAGUGCAAACGUGGCUAUUCAGGCACUUAUUGUGACAGAGCUCCUACCUGCAAGACCGUUGUCUUUAGGGACAAUUUCAUUGACCCAACCACCAAGUGCAAGUCAAAAGCACGUAUUCGGUUCAGAAGAUGUGAGGGAAAAUGCCACAAUGGCUAUUGCUGCAAUCCUAAGAGAAUAAAGAACAGGAAAGUUCGGCUCUUCUGCGCUGACCGGACAAGCUACAUCUAUGAGCUCCCCAUCAUUCGUAAAUGCACAUGCAAGAAAUGUGACAAGAAGUAACCAAAGCCCACCUUUAGCAUGUUACUCUUAUACCACCACAGCAUGUUUGUUAUAGAAACAAGCCAGAAUCUCUCAAGUGUAGGCUUCUUUGCAUGAGAUUUUAUUUUGUGGAUCGUGUUCAGUGAAUUGGCUACUUCCAGCCUGUCAUUGUGAUCCUGUGGGUAAUAAUGGUGGAAGAAAAAUAAUGACUCUUGAAGCUGAUUUUGCUGUGUGUAGAAAUAAAAGACUCACUUAUGGUAAAAUAUGGAGGUUUCUUGUAUUGAGGAGUGUGAUGUGUAGCUCUCUGUCCUUACUGAAGACUGUAUUAGACCUGAGACAUUCAGAUCUAUGGAUUGCCAAGACCAAAAUGGAAUGAUAAGAAUGUCAUUAUGUUACAAGAGACCAUGUUUUAUGGACUGGGACGCUCUUGUUUAAAUAAAAAUACAAGUACCUGAGCUAAGGUUUGAGGAUGGGUCUUCACGGUUUCAAUACUGAACUUGAGAUGUCUAAGGUUAUUGUAUGCACUCCAUGGAUGUGGCUUCUGGGAACCUACGUGAGGAGCUGACUCAUAUCUUCUUCUGGAUAUCUCAAGCUGGAGGAUAUACUUCUGCUUCUAAAAAUGGCACAACUAUCUAUAAAUACUGUUUGCCCAGUGCUUUUGUUGUACAAUGAAUGACUAAGACAAAUGUACAAAGGACAAAAGUUUCUGUUUUAUUUGAAUUUCUGAGCAUGAAAAAUGAAUCAUUUCGAAGAAGUUUAAAGUUUAUGUUUUUAAGCGAUUAGAAGCUCCAAUAACUUGAGAGUAGCUGAUUUACUGUCACUGGCAUAACUACUUGUUAAUACUUUCAGACUAUUCAAAUCUUAAUAAUCUUAAUUUCCAAUCUCUCUAGCUCUUACAAAAAGUAAUGAGUGAUUUUGGAAUCAGAUUCCUUUUUGUCUACAAACCCAAUUUGCAGAUAUUAAUUUGUGACUUGGACACUUUCUACCCAAAAACCUAAGGGCUCAAAAAUGCCCAUAGUACAAGAGAAAUUAUUGUUUCAUUAAAGGACCCAUCAUCGUGAAAGAAAGACUUCUGCCUAGCCAUCAAACAAGAUGCAGAAUGUUAUGCAUGUUCAUCAUGACUAAAUCUGGCCAAGGAUUGAUAGUGGGCCUACAUGACAAGAUAACUUAUCAAGAUCUACCUCAAAUUGCUUCGUCACACAAGCGACUAAAUCAACUUCUUUGUUAACUGUUUAGCACGAUGUCAUUGUCUUGAUGAGCUGCAUAUUUUUUUCUGUUCAGUUUUCAUGCCAAUGUGAUUGGUCAGUAUGAUAAAUAUACUAAUGUAAUGUUUUUGUCAUGGUAUGCAUAAAUACCACUCCAUGUUUUCAUAUGAUCAUGUCAGUCUGUUCUGGAUCUUUUAUUUGUAGUGGUGGAUGAGGGAAGAACGAAUUUUGAUUCUCUUCAAUUACAUGUCUUUUUUGUCUUCUCUGUGUAUCAGUGUGAUCCACGCAAAACAUUUUUAGACCUUUCAAAUAUAAAAUACGUUAGAGGAAUCCUAAAUCUUGAAAAAGCUCCAAACUGUAAUAGCGGCUCAUAAUUUCUUUUUUGUCAAAGAAUUGAUUGGGCUAUAAUUGCCACAGCCGCUUAGGUUUGAGUUGAUGACCUGAAGUGUCUUACAAUAAGGCUCUGGAAAUUUGUUUCUCAAGGUUUUUGGACCACAGACUUGAGCAGGUAAAUAAUCUUGAAACAAGAAGUGAGAUAUAAAAUUACAUAUGUAUUAUGUGCUGUCAUAUUUAACAAGGAUCAUCAACAGAAUGGUUUGCACUUUUAAGUUCUAUUACUGGUCACAUGUUAUGAUAAAGCUUUUAGAUCUGCUCUUUGUUCUUUAAUCUUGUCUCAUAGUGAGAUGAAAAAUUCUGCUUUUAAGUUUUAUGUAACAUUGAUUUUUUUUCCUCUAUGACUUUUUCAUUGUAACGUUUAAGGUCAGUGGAUUUUAAAAAUGAAGUUCAUUUCCCCAAACUGAACAAUUUGGAACAUAAGGGGGAAAGGGGAGGAUGGGUGGAUGUUCCUUCAAUUUAUUUGUUCUGAGGAAUAAUAUCAGAAUAUGAAAGCUUUUCAGUUUACUGAUGUGAGUCGUAACAAUUUUUCUGCAAACUUUAUCAAUAAAUGAAAUGAUUUGCACUUUUUGUGAUUUAGAUAAGUGUGUUACAUCAUAGUCAGAAUAAUAAUGAAAUCAAAGAAUACAACAAUUUUCUGUUCGUUUGACAAUGUUCAGCGAAGUCCUUUUAAAAACACAUUUCUGUGUGAGUUUUAUGUGAAAAUCAUUGAGCAAAGCCACAAAAUAAAUUUAAUUUGCAGUUUCCAAGGAUACUACAACUUUGGAAGUCACCAAACUAUGGCAGCCCUUUUCUCGCUAAUUUUAUCUCUAACACCAGGCAAUCCCCACCUCCUUCAAUUUCAACUAUCUCAACUUCUCUUCAAGAAAGAUAGGUAUUUUUUCAUAAAAAGCAAGACAAUUAAACAAGCUUUAAGAUUAUAGCAAUAUCUGCACAUGCCCAAAAACUGAUGAGCGUCUGAUUCCACCGCGUCGUGACACAAAUCUUUUGAAUGUUUUUUCCUCCUCUUCUUAGCACUUUAUCAGUCUUUCAUAUUCUCUUAAUCACAUAGAUCUUAAUUAAGCCAAACUACAAAUGCAAAGAAAGAGCACAAAAAAUUCCCAGAAACGGUAUCCCUAGCUUCACCCUUGGCCCCCUUCUUUAGACAGUUUGCCACUUCAAAAAUAAAAAUAACAAUUUUUCUCUUAACUCUGUUAAGAAAAAAAAAGCUAAACUUUGAGGAAAUGAAGUAGAUUUUGUUUUUCACAAAUGAAAAAAAUUGACAGUGCUUGUAAAUAAAGAACUUGUUUGUUAUUAUAUUCAUAUAAUUUGAAGAAUGAGGGUAAGAUUCAUUGACACAACUUGCUGUCAGUAAUGGACUCCUAUGUUCCGCAGUCCCUGUUUUAGUUUUUGUAAUCCAAGGUACAUUCAUAGUUUGCAUCUAUUUAUUUUGAUUUCAUUGUACAUUCAUUAUAUUUUGCGAUCUUAAGAAUGUGAUAACAGAAAAUGUGCAGGAUGAGACCAUAGUAAGGGGUUUUUUUUAGUUACGGAAGAGUAAUCGUAAGUUUAACUUUGUUUUAUGAAGUAGGAUAGUCUAUUUUAUGGCAGAUAGAAAAAGAAAAGAAAAUGUUACACCAGUCUCAUUUUUUUUCCUUUUGGAAUUGACUUCAUACCUUUUUUUGUUCUGAUAUUUUCCUAUUGCCUAAAUAGUUUAGUUGCCUGAGAGACAUUUUUACACUAGAAAUCAUUUUAAAGCAAGAAUUUUUGUUUCUGUGAAAUAUUCCUCACCUUGCACAGAGUAGCAUGAAUGCCAAAGAUUUUUUUCAUACUUGUAUAUAUAUAUAUAUUCACAGUCUUUUCAUUUUCUAUAGCUGCUGUUUUCCUUUUGGGGUUUUUUUUUCUUUUUAAUUUGUUUUUUUGUUUUAUUUGUUUUGGGUCAUUUUUUGUUAUUCCAAAGUUGUCACAACAAGCCAAAGUCAUAUGUAAAAAGUUUAUGAUCCUUCAUUAAUCUGUUUAUAUACCUAUAGAUUGACAAUCCCUGCAUUGUUUAACUAUACUGUGAUGUAUGCAUUGGUCAAAUGGAAAAAGAAUGUGUAUUUUUAUUGGAAAGAUAUUUUGUUCAGAAAAAUCAUGUACUAUACUGCUGCUGUUGUGCAUAAACCUGGACUUGCUGAGGUCAUAAUGUGCUUGAUCUAUUCUUGGCUUCAAUUGUGAAAAUUUGUUAUAACUGCUGUAGCCAUUCAUUGUCAUUUUACAGAUGUUUUAUGAAGAGCUCUGCAAUGAUUUUUAUUUCUCAUGAGUGUGUUCAAUGAGAUCAGAGAUCAUCAUUCUUUUUUUCCCGAGGGAUGAGAUGGAGAGUGUGAGGGAACGUUGAGGUGUAUGUGUGGGGUAUAUACACACACUGUGUGUGUGUUUGUGUGAGUGAGAGUGUGUGUAUGUGUGUGUAUGCUUGUUUGUAUAUGUGUGUGGGAGAGCGAGAGAGAGAGACCGAGACCGAGAGGGAGAGAGAGAGAGAGAGAGAGAGAGAGAGAGAGAGAGAGAGAGAGAGAAAGAGAGAGGGAGAAAGGGAGUGGGGUUGGGGACAAGAAAAAUUACAACAUUUUGGGGGAGGGAUGGUUGAAACGCAUUGCUAUGAAAUGAAUUAUUUAGUAUUUGUUUUAACGUAUUUUAUUAUAUUUACCCUAUCAGAGUGAAUCCGUGUGGGCAUGGACAGAAGAUGAGGUAAACCAGUUUGACUGUGUCGUCCUAUUGGGCUUGUCAAAAUGUACACUGCAAUAUAUGUGUAGAUAUAUGUAUCAUUUUUAUUAACGUGUAGAUUUAUGUUCUGCUUAAUGCUUGACUCCCUGAAAUUUCUUACAAAUAUGGAAAAAGCAACAAAUUCAGUGAGGUUUUGUCCUGCUGGAAUAUGUUGUCUCCUCACCCUUGAAAUUUCUAUUUAAACAUGACCUGUUUCUAUCCCCAGCCCACCCCAGUCCAGUCUCUGAUUCAUCUGAAUCCAUAGCUGACCCAAAUCUCAAGCCCACUUCUAAAUAAUUAUUAUUUAUAUAUUCGCUCUGUCCAGAGGACGAUAUCAGUGACUUUGUGCUUGAGGUGUGUUCAGGCUGUGUUGAGCUACCUGAGCACUGGGGAUCGAGUGGGUCCUCACCUGUUGAAAGAGAAAUUUGCCUGGCUUAUGUGUUGCAGUCAUUUACUGCGCAUUUUGGAAAAGGGAUGCUAGACGGCCCCACAUUCUGAGCUUUGUUCAAGCUCUAUAAGAGUUUCUUGGGCCAUGUUUUGGGCUAUGAUUUUUUUUCAUUAGUCCAUAUUAUGUCAUAUGGAGGAUACAUUGUUUGCACCUGUAUCACCAUUUCUUUUAGAAUUUUAAUUCUGUGUCUGCUGAGUAGAUUGUAAUAUAUGUUUGUGUGUUGGUAAAGUGUUCGUCUUCCAUGUUUAUGUACUUGAUAGAAGGUUGUGAAGAUAAGGAAUACGAUGUGUUGUCCUUAGUGUGCUUUCAACCUGUAAAAAGAAGACAGAAAACUGGUAUUGGGAACGGACUCUGUCUGACAGUUAACCUUACAUGUAGAGUUAAUUUACCACACAUGUAAAGUGAACCGAGUUGACAUUUUCCAGCAGUAGUUGUUAUUUGUUCUCACCAACAUUCUGACUUGAAUGAAUUUGAUCUAUGUGUUAGAAACAAUUAGCCAAGAAGCAUUAGGCAUUUUCUACAGUGGUAAACUUUUUUGUAUAAAUGAUUUAGUAUCAUUAGAAUAUGACUGCAUGCUAUUUUAUGCUCUCCGUGUCUAUUGCUUUGUUUAUAGUAUACUUGUGUUCUCAGCUAUUGCUUCAUGUGUUAUCUGAGUUAGUUUCUUUUGAUUUCUAAAUUUCUGUAGCUCAUCCUCUGUCAGUUACCAUCUCUUAACAUUCAUUUCAUAUCAUAUUUUUGUUUCACCCCCCAAAAUUUCUUCUCAGACAUAGGUCCCAGCUCAUUUCACUUGAUGAUAUUUUUUUGUGUCUGUAUAUUUGCCCUUAUAAAUAAAAUGACAUUGUUCA